AUGAUUGGACUAGGGUUGCGGCCCCUACUUGUGAAAAAUAGUUUCCGUUUACCGAGCUAUAGGCAUUUCCAUUUUGCCGGGCCAAAUCGAAGGAUCUUGCAACAGCCUCUUGUUCGGCGUGAACCGUUUCGUCCAUGUGAUGUAGCCAAAUCACAGAGCGUGCUUCGACUACAAUUCUAUCAACGAAGAUGGCUCUCGGCCGAGCAGAAAGGUAAGCAAACCGAGGAGUUGGUCCAGAAAUUGGAACAUAGCCCGUCGGUGAAGCUGCACUUGAAAAUAGCACACCUUCGGAAGAAACAGAUACGAGCCGAAGAGAAGGAGCAGUUGAAGAAUACCAAAAUCGAUUUCAAGAAAAAUAUGAAGACAAUAGCCAGAAUCUUGCGAUUAGGCAGACCAGACUUGAAGUUGUUCUUAUAUGCUUUGGGGUUCAUUCUUUUCGCUGUCUUGUACCCAACAACGUCGGUGAAAUUGGUUGGUGCCGCCAUCGACGCUUUCAACUCGGGUGACAAGGAUGCCGAUGGCGAUUUGGUCAUUUGGGGCUAUAAGUACUCCACGGUGUUUCUGGUGAUGGUUCCGUUUAUGUGUGUUAGUGCUGCGUGCUUUUGGGCUCGUAUCUGGGUGUUGAAAGUGCUUGGGGAAAGGCUAGUGGCAAGACUUAGGCUUCGUGUGAUGAAGCAUUUGUUGAGACACGAUUCAGCUUUCUUUGAUAACGAUAAGCACAAGGCGGGUGAUUUGAUAUCGAGACUAUCCAGUGAUGCCUACGUCGUCUCCAGGUCGAUCACUAGUAACCUUCCUGACGGGUUGAAGAAUCUCCUUUUUGGAGUUAUCAGCUCAUAUAUGAUGUUUUCCAUUAAUCCGCUUUUAUUUGGUGUGAUGUUAUUGAUCUCUCCUCCUAUCACCUUUGGAUCCGUGUGGUAUGGUGAGAAGAUCAGGUCGUUGUCCACUAGGCUCCAAAACGCUACAGCGGGUCUCACAAAGGCUAGCGAGGAGACGCUCAACUCGGUGAAAUUGGUGCAAGCCUUCACUGGUGAGCAGAAAGAGCUCACAAAGUACUCUGAGCAGCUUCGUAACGUCGUCAACGUUGCAAGAAGAGAGGCUUUGGCCCAGUCAAACUACGCAGUGUCUAUCUAUUCCUUAUACCACAGUGGCUAUUUGUCAUGUAUUGCGUUGGGUGUUUAUUUGAUCAUCAAUGGUCAGAUGACCACCGGUGACGUUGUUGCUUUCACCAUGUAUUCUGAGCUCUUCAACCUGGCGCUUUACAGCUUAACCACUACGUACAUGGAGCUCAUGAAGGGAUCGGGAGCUGGAAAAAAGCUUUUUGAGUUGAUUGAUCACGAAAAUGAUGUUCCUGCUGUCAAGGGUGACAAGCUUCCAGCAAACUUGGGCAAUAGUAUCGAGUUCAGGGAUGUUGUUUUCAGCUACCCAACUCGACCAAAGGACCUCAUUUUUGACGGAUGUUCGUUCACUGUUCCAGCGUCCUCGAGUACAUGCUUCGUAGCGCCUUCAGGCUGUGGUAAAUCGACCGUGGCAACACUUCUUCUCCGUUCCUACAAUCUCAAUAGUGGAGAGAUUUUUAUUGGAGGAAGAAACAUCAAGGAGUUUCAAGUGAGAGAAUUGAGGCGUGAGGUUAUUGGUAUUGUUCAGCAAGAGCCAAUACUUCUCUCGGGCACAAUCCUCGAAAAUAUUGUUUAUGGUCUCACACCACACCAAAUCAGCAAGUUGACGAUGGAUGACGUCGAAGAGGUCUGCAAGCAGGCAAACUGCCACGAUUUUAUCACAUUGUUCCCUGAUGGCUAUGACACAAUGAUCGGCUCCCGUGGUGCUUCACUCUCAGGGGGACAGAAACAAAGAAUUGCCAUUGCUCGUGCUCUUAUAAAAAAGCCAUCCAUUCUUAUCCUCGAUGAAGCCACCUCAGCGUUAGACUCCAAGUCGGAGAGCCUCAUCAAUGAGACGCUCAGAGACUUGACUUCUCAAGGGAAGAUGACCAUCAUCUCCAUUGCACACAGGUUAUCGACGAUUUCCAAAUCCGAGAACGUCAUUGUUCUCGGCAAACAUGGCAAGGUUGUUGAACAUGGCCGCUUUGUGGAGCUUUUCAGCAAUCCUGGAUCGGAAUUGUCAAAGUUAUUGGACGAGUCGAGUACCAAAGAGUACGAGGACCACAUGACAGAAGACGAAGUCGAAGAGCAGGAGAAACUUGACCACGAGUCAGAAAAACUAGAAAAAAGACAGAAAGAAGGGUCAGAAGUGGACAUAAUCCGAUCGUUGAUCGACGAUUUGCCCUACGAGAUCCGAGCAGAGCUCAUCGGACAGUUCUCCAAGGAGCUUGAGGACGAGAAGAAUACACUUGCCACAGAAACUGCAUUGCGUCAUGGCCAGGAUAUGUCCUAA